CCCAGUGCUGCUGUGUGAGUAGGGUGCGUGAAGCUUGCGGAUGUGGGUGUACUGUUGUAUACAGUAUAGCUGGUGUUGGAAAGGAAACUACCGCCCUUUCCCCACCCCAAACCCUUUCCCCCUAUCUCGAUGAACCGCAAGCGGAAGUUAACAUGUGAGACUUUCAACAUUAAGAAGCAAAGAGGUGAUGCAAAGGGAUCCACAUCAAGUUUAAAUGGGUCUCCAUCCCCUUAUCCAGAUUUCACAGAGGACCCUCAGGGAGCUGUCCCCUACUUAUGUGCUCUCUUCCCUCGAAAACUAUUCAAUGAUACUUUUCCCCCUCUGUUCCUGAGACACCAACUCUACAGCCUUAUACAGGACCGCACUGCAGUCGACAGGCUCUUGAGUUCUCUUCAGCAGAAGGGAGAACUGUGUCUGAUCCAGGCAGGGUUUGAUUCUGACACAUUCCUGGUGGUGAUGGACAAAGAUUUGCGUAGGACUUCACUCGCCAGCUGUGACGGAGGGUCUCGGGCUCAAAUUGUGAGCAAGUUCCUGGAAUCCGGCUUAUUCUCACCCUCUAAAAUCAGCUAUGGGAGGGAAGAAAUGAUGCAGAAAAACCGGUUCAGUGAUGGAGAGAUCACGCAGCUGGUCCGUGCUGGUCUCCUGACAGUGAGAGACGCAGGAAGCUGGUGGCUGUCUGUUCCAGGUGCUGGAAAAUUCACAAGACAUUUUAUAAAGGGGCGGAAAGCUAUUCUUUCCCAGAUUAACAGAUCUCGCUAUAAAGAAGUUCUGCUUACGGAUCUCUCAACUCGCAAGGCUCCACCCUCGCUUCGUCUUGGCAUGGAGUAUCACAUUCAUGAUAUCAUAGGUGCCGGGCUUGUCGAUUGUGUCCCUACAGCCUCUGGAAUCCUUCUCCGUUUAUCUGAUACUUAGCAGAGUGUGUGCCUUCUGACAGCCCGGACAUCUCUUCAUUCCUGCUCCUGCCGAUAGGACGUCUGGAGUGACAUGAGAAUAUAUCUGAGCCCUUAUUGUUUCACUUGACUAGCACUUCAAUAUGAAAUUAAUUUGUGCCAUUUUCUUUAAUUAUAAUAAAGUAAUAUAAUUGUCUAGUAUAUCCUUCCUUUGUAUACCUCUUUACUAGUAAUAUAUUUGUGUAUGUUGUACGUG